UUUCAGUUCUGUGGUAGGUAGUGUUUAGUAAAACAGACAACAACUUACUGUACAAUGUAGUGUACAUUAUCUUGUCCCACCCACCCAUAUAAUAGUUUUGUUGCCCAUGUUGUAUAAGACAUGUUUUAAUAAAAAUUAUACUGUCGAAACAUUUUUCUUUUAUUGCUAAACUACAUUGCAAAAGUUUUUGCACUUUGACCACAACUGUUUUUGUCGUGUUCCCACUAACGUUCAAAAAGAAGAAGAGAGUUGCCUAACUGAGUAGAUCUAGAAGCGUCAAGAAACAACAUGUUAUGAAGUUUUGCUGUUAAAGAGUCAGUAUGUCUAAAGUUUUUUAUGACAACAUUAUCAGGACCAAGGGGAUGAAGAGCGAGAGAGUGGAGAUGACGGUGGAUAUUUAUGAGAGCGCAGAUACUGUGAGAGAUCACGACUUAAAGACAGAUAUAAACACACAGCAACCACCGCAGCAUACAGGAAGUGAGCAUGUGAGGAUGAGAAGAUACAGAUCAGUUACAGUGUGUUUGGUGCUGCUGUGUGUUCUUCUACUGACUGCAGUCAUAGUGCUGUGUGUCCUCAUCAAUACAAACAAUCAACAGUUUAACAUCAAGAGCAAAAACAUCACAGAAGAGAGAGACCAACUACUAACCAAAUAUACCAACAUCACAGAAGAGAGAGAUGAAUUAAUAGUUCAGUGUGGUCAGAGAAAAGAUUUAACAUUUAAAGGGGUUGUGUUAACAGAUGGAUGGAUUUACUAUCAGUCCAGUUUGUACUUCAUUUCAUCUGAGAAGAAGAACUGGACUGAGAGCAGAAGAUACUGUAGAGAGAGAGGAGCAGAUCUGAUCAUCAUUAACAACAAAGAGGAACAAGAUUUUGUUAAGAAUGCUGGCAUACAACAAAUCUGGAUUGGUUUGUCUGACAGUGAUGAGGAGGGCAGAUGGAAAUGGGUUGAUGGCAGCACACUGAGCUCUAGCUUCUGGGGGCCUGGAGAACCCAAUGGUGGUAGAAGAGAGAACUGUGUUGAGUCUUAUCCAUCAGAGUGGAAUGAUAUUUCUUGUAAUAAGGCUCUAAAAUGGAUUUGUGAGAAAAACAUUUUAAAAUAAAGUAAAAUAAGUUAAAAGAGGUAACAUUUCAUAAGUAAUUUAAGUUAAAUGUAUAUUUAAUAGCAAAACUUCUGUUUAAUCAUUUCUAUAUUGUGAUUAUGCAAAUAACCAUCUUUUUCACACAAUUCAUACUAAUAAAUUCAUCAUAUCUACUGGCACAAAUAACAUGUGUUUUGUUACUCAAAUGUAAGGAAAAUAAUGCUUAUUUGAAAUAUUCAUUUGUAACUGAGAGACUAAAUGUUGCUUUUUUGCUGAUAAACACGUUCAUCGCUUGUUAUGCAGCUCUGAACGUUUCUUAUUGGAUGUCACAUGAUAUUAUAUGUCAUACAUUGACAACAGAUGAUUUUAUUUUGUUGUUCAAAGUGCUGUCUAUAAAAAAAGUUAAGAAACGCAGCCGGAUGAAACAAAAUCAUAAUGCUGUUUCAUUUAUAUACAUAACUCACUAAUAUGUUGUUUUAUUUA